AUGGGCAGGAUAGAUAAGUACAAAACGGUUGAGGAGGACCAGCAGAUGGGGAAGGGUAAAGUGAAGGUUGUCCCUCAGGAGAGGAGGGACUUCAGGUCGGACUGCUUUAACAGCAAUAACAGGCCGAGAAGGGACUACGCGGAACAGUCCGGACCCACUGGGGCUCAGGCAGUCUAUGCUGUGUUCCGAGAACUGUUGCACAAGAUCUUGGAGAAGGUAAAGUGCGAACCCUUCUUUCAUUGGCCGAACAGGAUGGCAGGCGACCCCUCAAAACGCAAUCAGAAUCUGUACUGCGCAUACCAUCAGGAGCCCGGUCACACCACCGACGAUUGCAGGAAUCUAAAAAACCAUUUGGAUCGGCUUGUCCGAGAAGGAAAGCUGAUGCAUCUAUUGCACCUCCCUGAACAGUCAAAUGUCGAAACCAGACAAGACACAUUGAGGCCACCCAUUGGCACAAUAAAUGUCAUUCUUGCAAUACCUGGGAGGACUGGUUCUAGCCCUUUCAGAGUAAUGUCAGUGGGCAGGUUCCCGACUGAGCCAAACGAAAGGGAAUCCAAGAGAGUCAGAGUGAGUGCCCCGCCAUUAAUCGGGUUCACGGAGGAAGACAAGUAA